GGCUGCAGAGAGCUGCUGGGGUGCAUUAGGCAUAAGGUGACCCCAUUAGUUAACUCCCAGAAGGCAGAGAAGGACCGUCCUUAACAGCACAGCAUAGUGGUGAAGAGCUCACAGCUCAAACCCAGCUCUGGGUUUUUGGAUGAAUUAUGUCACUUCCUUGUGCUUAAGUCCUUUUCAUCCUUUAUUUGAUAAAAUGCAGAUGAUACUGAAUAGUCUUACUGUGAGAAUUAAAUGAGAUGAAGCUUUCAGACUAGUGCCUAGAUGGCUGUUUGCAUAUUAUCAUUAACAACUUGUUAACCACAUUCUUUCCUCCAGGGAAGGAAAGGAAAGGCUUGUCCAUGAUUUUAAACCAGGUCUCCACUCCACUGCCCCUCAAGUGAAAAUGUGAUAGAGGUGGCCUUAAAAAUUUUUGCAUGAUUGGGACACCUGAGUGGUUCAGUUGGUUAAGUGUCAGUCUCGUGAUUUCCUAUCAGGUCAGGAUCUCAGCGUCCUAACAUCAAACCCUGGUUAGGGCUCUAUGCUCAGUGUGGAGUCUCCUUGAGAUUCUCUUCCUCUCUCUCUGCCCCUCACCCUGUUUGUGCGAGCAUGCAGGAGUGCAUACUCUUUAAAAAUUUUUUUUAAAGUUUUGCAUAAUUGUAGGAAAUAGUGAAAAAUCCAGUUUGAAAGAAAAAUAAAAAUAGUUUGCCCAUUUGAAAUCGGCAGGGUAAGGAGCAGCCAUGGAACAAGUGGACUCUACAGUGGUCCCAUUAUGCCAUCUAGUGGACAGCAAAGGAAAGGCAUGAUUUUAUCUUCAAAGGUAGUAACUUACCCAAAACGUGUAUAUUGAUGAGAAUAAAAACUCACUAAUAGGUUCACAUGUCAAUAAAUUUCAUUCAAUUUUUAAACCAACAUAAAAGUUCAGAGUUCUAUACACUAAGUGCUAAAGUUAAAUUCUCAAAACCACUUAGGAGUUAUGUGAUGUAUGCUAGAAAGAUCAUCCACUGAAGGAAAAGAGAAUACACACCAGACCUUACUAGCAUGAAUUUUCACAGCCCACCUUGCCCAUUCUUCUUAUCCUUCUCCACCAACAUUCUUCAUGCUUAUUCUGGUACAUAUACUUGGAGUGCCCCAGAGACUCAGAGUGUACCUAAUCAAUGCACCACUAGCCCUUGAUUGGUACCAGAGCCAUUCUGCUCAUUUUCCAAGAAUGCAACUAUCACUUAAAAUUUUGCUGUAAUCGGCAGGAGCCACCUCUGCCAGCAACAUGUUCAAGGUAAUUCAGAGGGCUGUGGGGCCGGCCAGCCUGAGUCUGCUCACCUUCAAAGUCUAUGCGUCACCUAAAAAGGACUCACCUCACAAAGCUUCUGUGAAGGUUAAUGAGCUUUCACUCUACUCGGUUCCCGAGGGUCAUUCUAAAUAUGUGGAAGAGCCAAGGACCCCACUUGAGGAAAGCAUUUCACAUCUCCGACAUUAUUGCGAGCUGUAUAAAAGUUGUUGGUGUCAGGAAAUGUACUCCCAAACUAAGCCUAAGAUGCAGAGCUUGGUUCAAUGGGGGUUAGGCAGCUAUGAAUAUCUCCAAAAUGCACCUCCUGGAUUUUUUCCAAGACUUGGUGUUAUCAGUUUUGCUGGCAUUGUUGGACUUCUUUUGGCUAGAGGCUCAAAAAUAAAGAAGCUGGUAUAUCUGCCUGGAUUCAUGGGACUUGCUGCCUCUCUUUAUUACCCACAACAAGCCAUCGUAUUUGUCCAGGUCAGUGGGGAGAAAUUAUAUGACUGGGGUUUACGAGGAUACAUAGUCAUAGAAGAUUUGUGGAAGGAGAACUUUCAAAAGCCAGGAAAUGUGAAGAAUUCACCUGGAAAUAAAUAGAAUGCUGCAUGCUCUGCCCAUUUUAAUCAGUUAUAGGUAAACAUUGAAAACUCCAUGGGGUAAACCAAUAUUUCUACAGAAAAAUGGCAGAGAAGUCAGUACCGAAUGUAGUAAAUUGGCUUUCUUCUUCAGGAUAAACUAUGCUAGGCUUCUUUGUUAUCUUGGGUGAUACCAUAUUACAAGUGGACUAAUCGGAAAUCCUUUCACCUAGAGAGAAUGUCUAGCCUUAGAACUCGUUCUCAUGUUGUUAUUUAUGUACAUAAUUAAAAUUCCAAAUUAAAAAAAAUUUGCUGUAAUCAAAUUGACUGUUUUUCGAGGACCCAUGUGUUUGGUUUUGUUUUUCGCGCGUGUGUGUGCGCGCGCGUGCGUGCACAUGUUGUUUCCUUUCAAAGCCGUUUAUUACUUUUAUAGUUUGUUUUCUCCUCCAGAUAUUGAUGAGGGUGAAGACAAUGGCAAACAAAUCUCCUCAAAAGGCUGCUCCAGCAGAGAGUUCAUCUCCAUGGAAACCUCUGAGGAGACUGAAGGUGCAGAAGAAAUGGAAAAGGAGAACAGUGCUCUGAGUCUCUCCGGACUUUUCCAGUUGGACGACAGUUAUGAAACGUGUACCUCCAAAUCUGUCCCGGAAACGGGAGAAAGCAUCCAGGGGAAAAAAGAAGGUGGCGAUGAGGACAUGUGAGUGUGAAAGAGGAAAAAACAGUAAGCGAACUGGUUAGCCGUUGCUCCCCUGACUCUUGUUGAAUUUCAGGACAACAAACAAAACUAAGCCAGGGUCCACUGGCUUGCUCGCCCCUGCGGUGGCGGGGGACAACUAGCUUACGGACAUA